AUCUGAGAGCUAGUUCAUUUUAUAAACCUUGAAGAUGGAUUAGUAGCUCUCUCUUUUCAUUUACUGGCAACAUACUGUUUACUAGUAGCCUGAGCAAAGUUAUUUUGGGUUUUAAUAAUCUGAAAUAUUUGUGGGGGAUUUCAUUUUUAUCAUUUCAUUUCAGACAAUGGGAGCAGGAGAAACACAAAGGAGCCAACUGCAGGAGGGAUACAGCAAAUUUAAAAACUCUCAGAGAAAAAUAAGUAAAUAAAAUAAAAUAAAAUAAAAAGUGAAGUUCAUCUGGGGCUGAAGAAAGGAGUCAAAACAAGAUAGAAAACACAGGGAGGAAAGAGCUCAGUGAUCCCCUGGCUUCUGUUGCUUGUUCAGCUCCACUGACUCUGAUUGUGACACUUGUGAAUGCAGCAAAAUGGCGUCGUCUGUGAAACAUGAAAGAACAGAAAGAGAAGAAUCGUGUUUCAGCAGGGCAGCCAGAAGUAUCAGGAGAGCUCUGUCCAGGAUUUGUGGAGAUAGUUCUCACUCUUCCUCUGUUGACACUCGCACUCGCCCUAUUCCUCUGCCAGAGUAUGAGGAACUUCGACCUUAUAAGCUACGUCCUAGUAAGGGCUAUCAUAGACCCUAUAUGAGACAUCGUCAAUCUAGAGAAGGUGAGCUACCUUCCUCAUGUCAUAUGAAUGCCAUUCCCAAACAGCCGUCUGGUCUUCCCCGUGACUGUGGCCCGAAUUGCAGUCCUCCUCAUUUUGAAACACAGUCUGCACUUGUUGGCGGUCCUCCCUCCCAACAGUCUUCGUUGAUUCAUAAAUCACAGAAGAGAACCUCCAGCGCCCCCAGCUUCAGAAGGAAAAAAAAACACAAGACAGAUUCCCUGCAUAUGACUUCUACCACAGAUCCCUUCGAUUCUAUGUUAGAUCAACCUCCCUCUGGUACACUCAGAGAAACAGGAGUGAAAAAACAUGGCUCCUCUGCAGGACUCAAUCAGGACAAUACCAGGGGAAUGGAGCUGAAUGCAACAGCUGGUCCUUCCAUUCUUCAACUUUCCAUCAGUGAUGAUGAUGAUUCAGACUCUGCUGUAGUCUAUGACAGAGAAAAGGAAUGGGAUGAGUCAUCUGGUUCCCUCUGGUUUGGCUGUGCUGACCGGGAAACUCGUAAAUAUAGACAUGCUCGUAUACAUUCUCCCCUUUUAUCAGACCCUUACUUACAUCUCCCAAACAAAAAAGACACACGUGAUGAUGACCCCACAUAUGAUAACCCAGGUUAUCCUGUCCUGCUUACCUGCUCUCAGACCCCAGCUGUUGCUGCCCCUCCAUGUCCACAGAACACACCCACAGUCCUCCAUGAUUCACCUGUCUGUACUGCAGGAAGCAGAACUCAAGCUGCAUGUGAGCUUUCAUCCAUGCAGUCUGAGAGUGAACCAGUAGGUGACAGUGAUGCCCUAAUGGAAAUGGAUGCACCUGUUACAGCUGUGAACUACUCUGUCACAAACACCCUGCCAGCCCAUUCUCACCUCCUACAAUCCCCAGAAUGCUUUAGGAGCAGGAGAGACUCCAGCUGCCUGCCUCGCUCUCACAGCCUGCCUUCACUGAGUCAGAUAACGUCUGCAAAGAACAAGAGCUUAACACGAGCUGAAAGCUUACCUGACAUGCUGCUAACAAACAGCUUUGAGGAGUUUACACCUGAAAUGACUGCUGAUGAAAACGAUGAAACCUACAGGUUCCAGUGCUCCUGCCCAGGCCUGUACCAGUGCAGUGUGACAGGCCUGGUGUUUCACAUGGAGGGAGAAGGGGACGUGGUUUACAGGAUUGUCCCUUGGAACAGGAGGCUACUGGCCCAGCAUCACAAGAAGCCUGCAGGACCCCUGUUUGACAUCAACUGUCUGCAGCAGUCUGUGUGUCAGCUUCAUCUCCCACACUGUGAGAUCCGCUCCACAGGUGGAUGUGAUUUCUUGUCAGUUGCUCAUGUGAACGAUGAGGGCAUUGAGUUUAUCAGCCCUCACAAGGUAACAGAAACUCAUGUUAUCAUAAACAUCACAGGGUUUUCUGCUUUCGGUAACGUCAAGGAUGAAGACUCACCACCUGACCCGGUCCGAGCGCUGGUUCUGCUGUUCUACAGGCCCCCAGAUGAUUCUGAUCCUGAAUCCCUCCUCAAUGUGUUGCUGCUACCGAAGAACGUCGUGCUCCGGGAUGUGCUGCGCACCAGGAAGAAGUUAGUUGGAGAUGAGAGCUACAUAGAGACAUCCCCACACUGUAAACUGCGUCCAAAGCAGGAAUACACUCUGUCCACUUGUCCUGAAGACGACUCAGUUCUAGUUCAACCAACAGAAGCAGAGUUUGACUGCGACAACUAUGACAACUACUUCCCAUCAUUCCAGGUGAGCCUAGAAAAGAUCAUGAAACACAUUAAGCUGUUUUUGAGAAACGCCAACAGCUCCCACAGUGUGUGGGAAAGACGAGUUUGUCUUUCAUCCCCUGGAGUAAGAAGGUCCUGUGGGCAGAGCGCACUGAAUCUCCCUCCUAAUGAGAAGCUGUUUGCCAUACGGAGCAGCUUCAUUGAUGGGAUAUCAGGACCUGUUCUCAAAAGUCUGCUGGACAAACUGCUGGAGAAAAAGGUGAUAACUGACUCUGAGAGGGAGUCAGCGGACGUGAUGCAAAACAACAGAGAUAAAGCUCGUUUUGUUAUCGACACAGUGAGGAAGAAAGGUGAAGCUGCCAGCUCAGAGAUGAUUGAGUUCCUCUGUGAGGCUGACCCCUUCCUCUGUGAACAUCUUGGGCUGAUCUGAAGCUAAAUGAACACCUGAUGCAUGCAGAGCGUUUUCUGCAAGAGAUCCUGAACACAAUUGCUCAGUUUAUUCAUAAAAGUGUGUUUGUAUCCGAUCAUA